UUGAACGUACAGCGGGGAAACGGAGCGGCUAUGGAGGAAGCUUUGUGUUUGUGUUAGCUAGCGAGGGUCUUUCUAGUAUUCGCCCCUUAGCUGGAUUGAAAUGAUACAUUCCAGAUACAAAUAGGGAUGCUUGACUUUAUUUCGAAGGACUGUGCUGUAACUUAACGUCUCUGUUCGGGAGAUCUUUGUGUCAGAAAGAUGCCUAUCCGAGCAUAUUGUACAAUUUGCUCCGAUUUCUUCGAUCACUCCAGAGAUGUGGCUGCCAUCCACUGCGGACACACUUUCCAUUAUGAAUGUCUUCUUCAGUGGUUUCAGACAGCCCCCACUAAAACCUGUCCACAGUGUAGGAAGCAGGUGAGCACCAGGCACAUUAUCAACAGGCUGUUUUUUGACAUCAGCGGAGAGGAGGAGGUCACAGCGGACCCAGAAAGCUUGCAGAAUGAGGUGGGUCGAAUGAAGGCACUUCUAAGCUCUAAAGAACAAGACUGGCGGGACAAACAGAAGGCGAUGGACAGUUUAAGGGACACUGUGGACAAGCAGAGGAGAGACCUGGACAGUGUGCGGAAAGAGAUUAUGGAAAAGGAGAUGCUGUGUUGUGCCCUGAGAAAACAGAUGUCAUACUUAGAGACGCAGCAGAAUGAGUUUCAGGCUGCCAAGGAGGAGGCCCGGAGACUCAGGACCAAAAUGAAAACUUAUGAAAGCCUGGACGUGUUGUUGCAGGGCCAGAGAGCAGAGGUGGAGUCCAUGAUCACAGAUAUGGGUGUCAGCCAGGCGGCAGUUGAGCAGCUCUCAAUCUACUGCAUCUCUCUCAAAAAAGAGUAUGAUAAUCUAAAGGGAACACUGAAGUCUUCAAAUGACAUGUGUGAGAAGCUAAAGAGAGAAGUGCACUCCUCAAACAACAAGUUACAAAAAGCUGCAGUGGAGGUGAAUCAGACCAAAGACGACAUGAAGUCUCUGCAGAACGAUUUGGCAAAUGCUGACAAAGAAAUCUCUAGUCUGAAGAAGAAGGUGGAGUUUCUUCAGAAGACUCUGAGCACACCGUCACGGACAAAUGAAGCCCUCAGCCGGCUCGUCUUUGAAAGUCCGGCCCCUCUGGAGCUGAAGCAGCCUCGCCUCCACCAGCCGGCAGACUGUGAGGACAUUGACCUCAACAUGACCUAUGACAUCACUACACCGGAUGCUGUGGCCAAGAGACCGAAGCAGGUCCCAUCGAAGAAGAUGCGUCUUGACCCACCUGUAACAUCUGUGUCCAAACACAAUGAAAAAACUUCAUCAUCAAGAAAGGCCCGAGAUGAAGAGUCAGCCCUGGAUCCUUUUUUAAGGAACUCCCUCCUCUUUAGAAAGAAGACUUUCGGCAGCAUGUUGGACCCUCAGAGGAAGCCUGGAGCUGUAUGUACAACACAACCAUCUCCCUCAAAGUCUUCUGCUGCAAGGAGCCGUUUAUUCCUUGACUGUUUUCUUGAAAGAAUUGUUUUUGUUUGUUUGUUUCAGGUCAGAACUGGUUAUGAUGGUUUAGGAGGACGAACUAAAUUCAUUCAACCUUCUCCUUUAUCAGAGAUUCGCCCGCUGAUGAAAGCUAAAAGGAAAAAAGUGACCAGGCCUCCACCCAAGAUUUCAACUUGUCUCACUCUGGACGGCUUCCUUGAGUAAAUAUUGGAAUCAAAGUUCAGGAGGCUGUGAGGGGAGAAGCUUGUUGGUGCUGUUCUGCCUCUCAGCACCAAACAGGACUUUCUGCUUGAACUUUUAUUUUAAAAGCAAUAACUCGCCUCCGAUUCGACAGCAAAUGCUGGAUUUUUGGUGAUGUCAGCAAACCUGCUGUACAUUUUUUUUGUGUGUGUUGACAUGAACUUGUGUGUGCAGACUGUGUCCUGACCAGUCUUAGGUUUGAAACCUUCUUUUGUAGUUGUGUAGGAGUCUGUGUAUGUGUGAGAUCAAUGUGUCUGCAAUUCAUUCGACUUCAGUUAUUUUUCACUGAGUCUUCCCAUAUUAACCUACACGUAGAUGUGAUGUAGGUGUUUUCUGUUUCAAUGGUCCGGUGUGAUGCAACUCAAAUAAUAAACAAUAUUUUUAUUAAGGUU